AUGGCCCCGUUAAAACUCACUACAAAAUCGACCAAGCGCAAGCCGACCGACGAUGCCCCGACUUCUCCGUCACGGUCAAAAAAAAACAAGCCCUCGACUAACCAAAAAGAACCUUCCCCGGACCCCCAAUCGUCCCAUUCUGAUGUAGAGGAGGAUGAGAAAGAGAUUGAGCUUCACGGGCUAACGAGUGAUGAAGAGGACUCUUCAGACGACGAGAUCGCAGGACCCAUAGAAGGAAUUGACAUCACAAAAUUACCGACCGUAGCUAAAGACGACAAAUCCGUGCAACGAAGGCUGGAUAAAGCGAAGCGGCACCCUACAGAAUACAGAGGUGUCAUCUACAUUGGCCGACUACCACAUGGGUUUUACGAAGACCAGCUAAAAGCGUAUUUCUCACAAUUUGGGGAAGUUACGAGGUUACGUGUAUCAAGGAAUAAAAAGACCGGCCAGUCGAAGCACUACGCCUUUUUAGAAUUUGAGUCUUCGUCCGUCGCUCAGAUUGUUGCCGACACGAUGGACAACUACCUGCUGAUGGGACACAUCCUGAGGUGUAAAGUAAUUCCGAAAGAUGAAGUUCAUCCUGAGUUAUGGGUUGGGGCCAAUCGAAAAUGGAGGGUGGUACCCAGAGAUCGUGUUGCUCGAGUCGAGCAGAGUAAGCUUCGUACUCCGGAAGAACAAGACAAAGCUGUCAAGCGGCUUAUCAAAAGGCAAAAUGAGAAGAAGAGGAAGCUGGAGGCGGCAGGUAUAAAAUACGACUUUGAUGCUGUUGCAUACGUGCGCAGGAAUCCCAAGCACUUGAAGCUCCACUCUUAUGACCGUUAA